UUUACACAAUCAUAGAUGUUAUAUUUGAGCUCCAAAUUAGCGUAGCAAAACUAGGCCCUGACGGGACGCUCUCAAACACAGCGGACAAACCAUGAUGAACGUUUUUAGGUUAGCGGGUGAUAUGACACACCUGCUGUCAAUUAUAGUCUUGUUGCUGAAGAUUAACGCUACACGGUCAUGUCGCGGCAUCUCGCUGAAGACUCAGGAGCUGUACGCCGUGGUGUUCGUGUGCCGGUACUUGGACCUGUUCACUAACUUCAUUUCCUUAUACAACACGGUGAUGAAGAUCAUUUUCCUCGUGUCCACCUUCACCAUUAUAUACUGGAUGCGCUUCCAUAAAGUCAUCCGGGUGACGUAUGACCGGGAGCAAGAUACUUUCCGGUACCAGUUCCUUGUGCUUCCCUGCUUGGUACUGGCCCUGCUGCUCAACAACGAGUUCACGGCGAUGGAGGUUUUGUGGACUUUCUCCAUCUACCUGGAAGCUGUUGCAAUUCUGCCACAGCUUGUGUUGCUGCAGCGCACUAAUAACAUUGACAACCUCACGGGCAACUACGUCUUCCUGCUGGGGUCCUACCGUGCUUUGUACAUCCUGAACUGGGUCUACCGGUUCAUGACGGAGAAGCAUUAUCGCCAGUAUCUGGUUUGGAUCUCGGGUAUUGUGCAAACCAUCAUUUACAUCGACUUCUUCUACUACUACAUUAAGAGCUGGCGGAACAACGAAAAGCUUUCGCUACCAGCUUGAGGCGUGGUGCGGCUCGGAGUUGUUUAGGACGAUAAGGCUCGCUGACGCGGCAGGGCGCUUGCAGCUGCACAGCCGGAUCGGUACUGGAGGAGCUGACGUGGACAGCACCGCCCUCGGAUGGCCCUAUACCCUAAUAGGCUACGAAGUGGGUUGGGUUGCGGGCCUGUGCACUUGGGCACAAGACUCCCCGAGGCCCCAUGUAAAUCUGGGACGGCGGUCAAACCAGCUGGCACAUUAUCAAAUGUCGUAAAUGAUGGGACAUGUCUGGGGCUCAAGAUGAUGUAGGCGUUUGACAGCUUAUUUAGCUGACUAGACUCUUGGCUCUUGGAGCAAAUCUGGGCUUUUGUGUGGCUUUGUGCUGAUGGCUAGGCACACCCCACAGAAGGCAUAGUGGUGUUGCGUUCUGCUUGUGUUGCAUACGGUGGAAGAAAGGCGAGCAGGCGCGUUGCGCUGGUUUAGGUGACCGGUCCAGGCUUUGUUUGUCUCUCGUCGAGCGGCUCUUGCCUGUUUGGAUGUGGGGAUGUGGACAUUUGGUUCCUGCUGGGCUUUUUGGGUAUCUGACGGUUUGGAAUUGCGGACUGAACUUGGCGCCUUGUAGACUACCUUGUGGUGAGUGUUUCGUAACGGCGGAUAAGUCCAUAAGCCAAUUUGGAAACUAUUAUUUGUCCGGACCAAAGCGGUUUCACAGGAUACAAAUAACUGGAGUGCGGCGACAAUGGGUCCGGUGUUGUGAAUGACGUGAAGUGCUUGCGGGAUACGCGGGGCAACGCUUUGCAUGAAUUACAGCUCUGCAGCGAGACGUCCAUAAAGCUACACUGAAGAAUGAAAAUCUAACGUCACGGUUUUACGGUGGGUUAGCAUAUGUAGCUAUCUAAACCCAUCUAAUACCAGUACCAAUGCAUCAAUUAACGUCAUUUUGUCACCUGGCGCGAUUUCAUCCAGCCUCACAAAACGCCGUAACCUUUCGUCGCGGCAUCUCCGCGCGCAUCCAACGUCCUUGAGGCAUCUACCCAGCCCCGAUGCUUAGCCCGUUAAUUCUUAUCUUAUACAGGUAACAUGCCAUCCACCAGACGGGAGCAAAACAUGGCAUAGCCAUCUCUAGCUAUGGCUAGGCAUGGUCCUGUAAAAAGCCAUAUGAUAGUGUAACACGGUUUGGCAGUGAAAACCCACACCCAUACCCACACCCCUUACUAUUGCUCUAUCCUUAUCGCCGCUGUCACCUGCGAGGUUUCAUCACCCCGCCCUUCAGGUGACUGGCCUGCAGCUGCUGCAGCUGCGGCACUUGCCUGUACUGCAGCUGCUGUAGUUGCUGCUGCAUGGCUAGGCGCUGCUCCUGCGCUUUUUGCUGGUGGAUGGCGCCAAUCUGCCGUAACUGUUUGUUAUGCUUUUGAAUGGCCAACACGAACUUGAGCAGCACCUCUUCCUCGUCCACGACCU